CGGUAAUGUUGUUGCUGCUAGCUUUUUCGGUAGACUACCGUUGACUAAUCCACCUAGCGUGACAUAUCUCUACAGAUGUCACACGACCUAAAAAUCGCUCUGAUAUACCCCUAACGAUUCUAUAUGAAAUAUUCUUGCUAACUGUUGCAAGCGUCAUCGUUUUGUUCGUACCUUGAAAUCAAUGGACUAAUUGACGGUCGUGCUGUAUGCUACUGUUGUAUGCUUAAUCGUAAACGAGACACAGGAUACAACCUGUCGUGUAAUUUUUGUGCAUUUGACGAUUUAUUGAUAGAGUGCAGAGUUGGAUUGGUCGUCUUAGCGACUAGUUCGCAAUGGCUAAAUCUUAUGGGAUUGCUUUAAUUCUUUGGGCCACGCUUGGCAUACUCGGAGCCCACCACUUUUACCUACGUAGAGAUCGACAUGGAGUGGUUCAUCUACUCACAUUUGGUGGUUUUCUUCUUGGCUGGCUAUACGACUUACGAAAUCUGGACAACUAUGUUCGUUGGGCAAACUUUGAUCGUGAAUUUAAAGAGAAAUACCUUGAAAAGAUCGAGAUGAACAAGGAGCCGGAGGAUCCACUGUUGAAGAAUCUUUCCGGUACGGCUCUGUGCCAAACAGCGUCAGCUCUACUGAUAAUGGCUGUUCCGCCAAAUCUCGCUUCAAAUGAAACCUUUUCGUAUUACGUGAUGCCAAUUCUUACGGCAAUGUUAGUUGCGUUUAUCGUCUAUUAUCUUGGUAACAUCGGCGAGACGCAAGGCACAUACAAAAGCGCCCUCAAAGGAGCCCUGAUCUCAGUACCAUACUACUAUUAUAGUCCCACAGGCAGCGUUAUUUGGUGUGUUUUUGCAUCGAAGAAUACAUUUGAGAAAAAAUACCGUCCGAGACCUGAGGAUAACGGAAAUUUUUGGAGACGUCUCUAUCGAUCUCUUCUGGUGACUGGUCUCAUUGGCGGUCUCUGUGUUUGCUACUUUAUUUACAAUUGCGAAGUAGGAACGGAUGACGGCGAAUCAGUCAGCUGUGUCGACUCUCUGCGUUUCCUCAAUGCGUCGAUGUGGAGUAACUUCAAGGAAACCAUGAUAGAUCUCUACAACUAUAUGAAGUACAACGGUUUAGGCAGCUUAUGGAACGACAUCGUGAAAGCGGUCGAUAUGACUGGGACAGACAAUGCUAUUAAACUCCUUGGACUAACAAAACCCGCGUCCGAAAGCGACAUUAAGGCGAGUUACAAGAAGUUGGCCAGACAGUACCAUCCGGAUAAGGUCAAAGACCCUACAAAGCGAUCAGUUGCUCAGGAGAAGUUCAUGGAAAUACAAAACGCUUAUGAGCUGCUAUCCAAAACGAAGGCUAAGAGAGGAAAGCACAACGGAAAAUCUCGGAUGGAUGAUAAAAUUGAGCUUUAAAUAUAAAAAAGUACACAACGCAGGUAUAUACAUAGAACGAUUUGUUGUCAAUGUACAACAGCCAUACAAUAACUAAACACCCCUGCACGCAACGCCGUAGAGCAACGUUAUAAGGUACUAACGUAAGCGGAGAGAAAACGCCAGGUGCUCAGUGAUUUUAUUAACGCCUGUGUGGUAAGAGCAGGCUGUGGUAAUAAGCAGUAUGAUGCAAAUUCUAUUUUCAGGAGUACUCUAGACUCGUAUAGCUUUUAAUAUGUUUUCUAUAAGUUUAAAGAAGUGUUCUCUACAAAUACGGAUACACAUAUUGUGCAUUUCUUUAUAUUUCAUAGGUUCACUACAGUUAGUCAAUCAUAUAACUAUUAAACAUGCUGCGAGGUCUUCAGACGACUGGAGUCAACAAACUCCUGGCCUAUAAUAAGAAGAUAAUGCCUUUGUAUUUACUAAACGUGUUCGUGUAACGACUCCUUGGAGCUGGAGCUUCUCAGUAGCCAGCCUGCCACGAGCUAGGUUACUGUCUGCGUGUGAAUAACAGUAAUCAAUGCAAUGAGCCUUCCAAAGGGGAAAACAGUUUACGCAGAGGAUAAGAUCAUGAAAACGUCACGACGUCACUAAAUGGGGCCAGGGCAAUUCAGAAAAUGACCCAAAUGACCCAAAAAAUGUGUGCUUGUUUCCAGUGGUGACGUUACUUUAUCUGAAUAGUAUACUGAGUUCGAUGAGAACUCAGUUCUGGCAAUGACUAUGUUUUCACGAAAUCCGAAAAAUGCGCAAGAGAGAUUGUUCUCAAUAAUAAUAAAUCUGUAAUAAGCAGAUAUUUUC